AUGAACACGUCUGUACUGAAGGAGUUUCAGGAGCGGUUUGCAUGGGCGAGGCCGUCCGCAAAAGUAACCAGGAUCUUCAUGUCGUCAAACUCGGGCGUGAGCGUGCAGAACAUCAAGAAACGGAAAGACUUUGCGGACAGCCUGCUAGCUCAUGCGAGAAAUGGAUCCUUCAUUGUGUACUAUGAUGAAACGAAUUACGAUACUUAUUGUAAGCAAUCCCAAGGACGCGCCCUCAUUGGUGAGCGGGCUGUGAUUAAGCUGCCACCUUCCAAAGGUGCAAACCUACAGUUGCAAUGCGCGAUUUCACCCGAAGUGGGGCUAGUACACUGGGCUAAGCAGCGUGGAAGUAUCAAGAUGGAGGCGAAUGCGGCCUUUGUGGACGAUGUGUACGACGGUGUGAAGGCUACAGAUGUCUACCGAGACUUCUUUGUUGGUAAAGCUAUCGUUAUCAUCUUGGAUAACGCUCCCGCUCAUAGCCAGUCUGAAGACUUGAUCAAGAACCGGGAAGACCUGGAGCUGCUACGGUUGGGCCCGUACUCGCCUAUGUGUAACCCCAUUGAGGGUUGCUUUAGCGUGUUAAAGGCUUGGAGCAAGGCUUUUCUCGUCUUCAAUGCCGAUCAAAUGUUCGACUUGCCCUAUGGUGAUAAAACGGAGUGGAGAAUGCGAUUGCUGGAGAAUGCUGCAGACCACUGCAUUGAAUGUAUGGAUCUCCGUCUUGUCAACAGGGUGACUCGCCACAGCGCACAUGCAGUUGCUGCUGCUGUUCGCAACGAACCCAUGCAGUAUGGACUUUAA